UUUUCAUAACUGUUUUUACUAAGUGCAGUUUGUGAAGAUGCCUGAACCAGCGAAAUCCGCUCCUAAGAAGGGAUCCAAGAAAGCCGUGACCAAGACGGCCGCCAAGGGCGGCAAGAAGCGCAGAAAGACCAGGAAGGAGAGCUACGCCAUCUACGUGUACAAGGUGCUGAAGCAGGUGCACCCGGACACCGGCAUCUCGUCGAAGAUCCAGACCGCCGUGCGCCUGCUGCUGCCCGGAGAGCUGGCCAAGCACGCCGUGUCCGAGGGCACCAAGGCCGUCACCAAGUACACCAGCUCCAAGUAAACCCGGCCCGCCCGUCCCGGAUCUACGAACCCAAAGGCUCUUUUAAGAGCCAC